ACGCGGUCGCACCCUCGUGGACGGUAGAAGCGGCAGCGACCUAGAGCCCGCGUCGCAGUUCGCGGCCACGUAGAGGCCGGGCGAGCCCGGGCACCGGGACCCGGCCCAGGCUCGGCGAGCAGCUCUGCGCGCGGCUGGGGUCAUGGUAUACUGAAAAAGCACUCAAUCAAGAGAAAUCUGGGGGGAGCUGGAAACUAUCAAGUUAUUGAGGCCACACAGGGGGCAGAAAAGAUAGAGAUGUUGCUAUGAGGACAGAUUCAUCAAAAAUGACGGAUGUGGAGCCUGUGGUCAACAAUUUUGCAUCAUCAGCAAGGGCAGGCCGCCGGAAUGCUCUAGCAGACAUCCAGGGUUCAGCUGCCACGGGCGGAACCUCGGAGUUGCCCCUCAAACCGGAGGUCCUCUCCGGGAAGGAAGAUGUGAAAAAGAAAGAUAAAGAAACAGCACAAGACCAAUUGGAAAAGCCCAAAGAUGAAGGAAAAUGAAGGCUCAUUACCUAUCAAAAGUGCUGAAUUUCUGCACAUUGAAAGACUUAGUGGCUCUGCUUUCCUGAGAUGUUUGAUCUGGUAGUAACUAUGGUAACAUUGCUGCCCUAAGCAACAUGUGUGUACUAGAUAAUUUUGUUGUGACGCUACUCACUUGGAUUGCAACCGUGAUGUCCAGUGUAGGUUAUUAAAAGGCAGAUUACUUCCGAAUUGCACCCAAGAGAGAGGUUAAGAAUGCAUGGUCACUUAAAUACAUAUUGUCUAUAAACCCAACAAAAUCCAACGUUCUCUUUUGGAUUUCUUUAGCCAGAUAUAUUUUUAAUUCCAUUUUUAUGGUGAUGGGUAAGCCAUUUCUUGGUAAAUAUCAGCCAAACACUAUUAAUUUAAAACUUCAUGGGAUUUGUAGGAAAUUGUGGUUUUGGUGAGAAAGAAUGAUAGAAUAGUAAAAAAUGCAUCAAUAAAAGUAUGUUUGUUUUUAUCCAAAAAUGCACCAUUUUUUUCUCAAACCUUACAAAGAUUUGGAAAAAUAGUAAAAUUUGACAACUCAGACAUCUCUAGGAAGUUUUUG